AUGAGACACACUUUCAGUAGGAGUUCAGUGUGCAGGUACGACGCAUGAAACACCUGUGAGCUCCGUGUAAUUAGAGGAAGCCUCGGUGUGCCUGCAGCAAUGGUGCGUGUUUUGGCUCUGUGGAUGGGAAUUCUUCUCCAGUUCUGUGGUGCAACGAUUUACACCAACGACUGGGCGAUAAGAAUAAGAGGGGACCGCAAGACUGUCAACAGGAUAGCAGUGAAGUAUGGAUUUACUAAUAUGGGACAGAUUGGAGACCUGAAGAGUUAUUACAGUUUUCGCCACCACGAGACGGCGAAGAGGUCCACUGUGUCCAAUAAAGAGGUGGCUGUUAGCGUCGCCAAGGAGACCAAGGUGGAAUGGCUCCAACAGCAAGUGGUCCAGAGAAGAGUAAAAAGGAACUCCGGAGCCAGUCACAUCUCCUCCACUGACAGGACCAAACACCUUCCCACUGCUCAUCCUCAGUUUAAAGGCACCCAGACGCUGCCCUAUAACAAUUCAAUUUGGAACAGCCUGUGGUACAUUCACUGCAGUGAUGACUCUAAAGGCAGCCUGUCUUGUAUGAACAUUGCCGCGGCCUGGAGGAGAGGGUACACCGGGAAGGGUGUGGUGGUGUCCGUCCUAGAUGAUGGCAUUGAGAGAGAGCAUCCGGAUCUGAAGCCAAAUUAUGAUCCUCUGGCCAGUUAUGAUGCGAACGGACAAGACGAAGAUCCGUCUCCGAAUUAUUCCAACAAUGCUUCCAACUACCAUGGGACACAGUGUGCAGGGAUGGUUGCUGCGGCUGCAAAUAACCCUCACUGCACGGUUGGAGUCUCUUUCAACGCACGGAUAGGUGGCAUCCGUAUGCUGGAUGGCGAUGUGACAGACAUCGUGGAGGCCCAAUCACUGAGCUUCAGACCACAGUAUAUUGAUAUAUACGUAGCUAGCUGGGGGCCAGAAGAUGAUGGGGCCACUUUGGGGGGACCCGGGCCUCUUACUCGUCUCGCUUUACAAAAUGGCAUCAAAACAGGCCGGCUCGGGAGGGGCUCUGUUUUUGUCUGGGCGUCCGGGUACGGAGGGCGAAGAGGCGGCCACUGCUCCUGUGAUGGCUACAGCAGCAGUAUCUACACCAUCUCCAUCAGCAGCAGCACUCGGCGUGGAAGCCAGCCAGACUACCUGGAGCAGUGCUCCUCCACACUUGCGACAGCUCACACCGGAGGGGAGACGGAGGAAAUGGUAACGUUGGGUCCACAGCAGAGCUGCAGCCGGGCUAAAUCAGACACUUCGCUCUCCUCCUCCAUGGCUGCAGGCAUCAUCGCUCUGACUUUGGAAGCCAACCCUUUACUCACCUGGAGGGAUGUGCAGCACAUUAUUGUCCUGACAGCAAAAUCUCAUCAUCUUCCUGCUCCUGACUGGAGCGUUAAUGGAGCUGGAUACAAAGUGAGCCACCUGUAUGGCUUUGGCCUGCUGGAUGCUGAGAGCAUGGUGAAGGAGGCCGAGCAUUGGAAACAAGUCCCCACACAGCACGAGUGUGUGGAGGAGGCUCCCAUCCAGCUGAGCAGAACUAUUCAUCCCGGCCCGGCGCUGAUGUCUGUGUUUGAGAGCACAGGCUGCUCCGGCAAGCCCCUGCAGCACGUUGUUUAUGUGGAGCAUGUCGUCGUCCGUGUUACCAUCACUCACAGUCGUCGCGGCGACCUUUCCAUUACUCUCAGGUCACCCUCGGGCACUGUGUCGCAGCUGCUAGCUAACAGGCCUCUUGACGACUCCCCCGGGGGAUUUCAGAACUGGGAAUUCAUGACAACUCACAGCUGGGGGGAGCAGGCAGCAGGGGAAUGGACUUUGAAAAUCCAGGAUACUUCCUCUCCGCAGAGAGACAACGCUGAACUAGGGAUGCUAAAGGAGUGGUCCCUGCUGAUUUAUGGCACUGCAGGGCAACCGCAUCCAAGGCAGCGCGAGCGGCGAGUCCGAUCUGCCGAGAUGCCGAUGGACAGUGAUAUCACUGAAGAAUACACUGGACCCUGCGACCCAGAAUGCAGUGACGAUGGUUGUGAGGGGCCCGGCCCGCAGCAGUGUGUCACGUGUUUACACUUUUUUCUCAAGUUCAAGAACGGCACAAGGAUGUGUGUAUCACAGUGUCCAAGGGGAUUCUGGGGCGACCGCCGGCGUUGUAAGAGGUGUUUCUCCUCCUGCGAGAGCUGCACUGGGAGUCGCAGUGACCAGUGCACUUCCUGUCAACCUGGUCAUUAUCUAACUGAGGGGUCCAACACCUGCACAGCCGCUUGUGGGGAUAACUACUACCUGGACCACGAUGCAAAUAUGUGCAGAAAGUGCAAUGAAAACUGCUUGAAGUGCACCUCCUACAGCAUCUGCACAGAAUGCAAACCAGACACAAGUCUGCAGGGGAAUCGAUGCCAGCGGAGCUGCACGGCGGGGUUCUACCACGACAAGCAGGAAGGCACAUGCAAGCCCUGUCAUAAGGCCUGCGCUACCUGUGCAGGUCCAGGUGUUGCAGCAUGCAACGGUUGUGCAGAGAGCUUCUUGAUGGAAGAGUGGAAGUGUGUGUCCUCCUGCAGUGCUGGCUUCUAUGCCACGGAGCCAAACCCAGAGAUUACUGAUGGGCACAGGAUAUGUAGGAGGUGUGACGCCAGCUGUCUCACCUGUGUGGGGCCGAGCCAGGGGAACUGCAGCAGCUGUUCCAGCGGUCACAGCCUGCAGGAGGGAGCGUGUGUGGUUAACACUGUGUGCACAGACGGAGAGUACCAGGACACUCACGGAAAGUGCAACGCAUGUGAUGCAACGUGUCUGAAGUGCACAGGGCCGCAAAGAGAAGACUGCAUCAGCUGUGGUUUUUCACGGGCUCUAGAUGUUGGCCGCUGUGUGUUGGAGUGUUCAAAGGGCAAGUACCAGUCAGGUGGCCAGUGUCACCUGUGUGACCACACCUGUGCCACCUGUGUGGAUGCAAGGCCUGCCAACUGUACCAGCUGUGACACUGAUAAGUUCGGACUGGAGCGUUACUUGUAUAAAGGCCUGUGUGUGGACGCCUGUCCUGAGGCCUUCUACCACACCAAGGACAGGAGCUGUGAGCCGUGCUCGGACCACUGCCAGCUCUGCACAAGCCCCACUCGCUGCCUCAAGUGCAACUCCUCCUACUACCUCUCCGAUGGUGUGUGCGCGAAGCUGGAGUGUGGAGAAGGGGAGGUGGAGGAUCCAGAUUACGAUGACUGCAUGGCCUGUGAGGAGGGCUGCAAGAAGUGUGUCUUGUAUAACCCCAGGCAUUGCCUUUCCUGCACUGAGGGCUUUUACAAUUUUCAGGAUGGCUGCUACAAAAACUGCCCGGCUAAGACGUACAGCGUGGACGAGGAGAUGACCUGCGUUCCAUGUGAUGACAACUGCGUGAGCUGUGAUGAACACGAGUGCUACUGGUGUGAGACGGACCUCUUCUUAUCAGAGGGGAGAUGUGUUUCAGCGUGUCCUGAUGGUUUCUAUGGCGACGAAGACACCAAUGACUGUGAGGAGUGUCACUCAGACUGUGUGACAUGUGGCGGCCCGGAGCACGAUGACUGUCUGUCUUGUGAGGAAGGGAAGAUGCUAGAAAACGGAGAGUGUGUGUCCGACCACAAAGUCUGUCCCAUUAAGACCUUUCGCAGCGAUGAUGGAGAGUGUGAGAACUGCCACCCGUCCUGUGAAUCCUGCUCUGGAGAAGAGAAGAACGAGUGUAUAAAAUGUGCAAAAGGGUGGUUUCUGACCACACAGCAAACAUGUGUGUCAAAGUGUCCGGGGGGUUUCUUUGCCAGUCGGCUGAGCGGUGUGUGUGACGCAUGCCCUCCAGGCUGUUUGCAGUGUGUGGACGCUCAGCACUGCACACGCUGUCAGAACACUCGCAAAGCUCAGUUAUUCCUGCAGGCGGGACACUGUGUCCAACAGUGUGUCAGGGGUUAUCCUGCAGGCCAGGUGUGUCGUAGCUGUGCGCCAGGCUGUGCGUCCUGUGGGAAGAACGCCACCCACUGUCUCAGCUGUGAAGAACCUCUCCUCUUACACAAGCACCAGUGUGUGGAGGAGUGUCCUCCGGCGCACACUGUGCAAGACAGGGAGUGCCAACACUGCCCCGCAGCCUGCCAGGAGUGCAACCCUCUUGGGCAGUGCACAGGCUGUGAGGAGUAUCACUUUCUUCACGGGGGACUCUGUGUCCUAGAAUGUCCCGAGAGGUUCUUCGAGGACAAAGAGCAAAGGGAGUGUUUGCGUUGCCAUCCUGACUGCGCUUUGUGUGACGGCCCGAACUUCAAUGACUGUGAUGCCUGUGUGGACCCCGGGGCCACGCUGCACAACGGGGCCUGCCUGGCAGCCUGCCCCUCCCAUACUUAUAGAGAUGCUAUUACAGGAGAAUGUAAAGACUGUGAUGCUUCUUGCAUUACCUGCUCACACGCUGGCUCCUGCACCAGCUGCAAAGAGGGUCAGAGGCUAGAGGGCCACGGCCGUUGUGUGCCAUCAUCCAACAAUUGCUCACCUCACCAGUACGCAGACCUAGACGGGGAAUGCCAUCCGUGUCACAAAUACUGCCAGCGGUGUUCAGGUCCCGGCAAAACUCACUGUCUGAGCUGCAAUCAGAGACAUCUCCUGCUCAACGGCACCUGUGCGGAUGAAUGCCCCACAGGCUACUACGAAGAGUCGGGGCAGAAAUGUGAACCGUGCCAUCCUUCGUGUCAGUCCUGCGUUGGAAAGCACAGCCACGAGUGUCUCACCUGUAAAAUCCACUUAUUUCGAGAGGGCAAGGAGUGUGUGGAGACCUGCCAGCACAGUCACUAUGGAAACACGGGCUCAAGGAUGUGUGAGAAGUGUGACCCGAGUUGCGGUGAGUGUAUCGGGGGCGAGGAGGACAGCUGCCUGAGCUGCGCUCUGGGUCUUAUUUACUUGCGGAGAGAAGGCCGCUGCCUCCCCUCGUGCCCUCUGGGAUACUACCACGACACUGCACACAGGACCUGCGAUCCCUGCCACGGCAGCUGCAGAACAUGCUCAGGAAGAGAUUCCCAGUCCUGUGACUCAUGCUACCCUGGAUUCCUGCUCUCAGAUGGCAUGUGUGAGUCCAUGUGCGACAUAGGCCUGUAUCCUGUCAUGAAGAAUUCAGGCCACGCUUGUGAAGACUGUGACGGAUCCUGUAUGCAGUGUCGCGGGCCUGGGUCAGCCAACUGCACCAUGUGUCCUACUCAGGCCAUCUUAGAGGCUGGAGGACGCUGUCUACUUUGUUGCCGCCAUGGGGAGGAGGAGGAGGAGGAGGAGGGGGAGGCAUCCAUAACAGAGCAGCAGGACUGUUGUAACUGCACCGAGACUCGAGGGGAGUGUGUCUUGAGCACCAAUUUAGCGUUCAGGAAUGAAGAGGAGGAUGAGGCCCGGGGUAAUCUGACAAUCUUCAUCAUCGCCUGCAUACUGUUGGUGCUGGGGCUUGUGGCAGUCGUCUUCAUCAUCAGGCACUCCCGCUCCAAGAGAGCGCCCCCAGACAUCACUCCCCGCGGCUACGAGAAGCUGGGCUCCGGCGGGGGAUACGGAGGUGGCAGCAGACACGGCGGCUACAGCUCUGCCUCGUCGGCAUCUUACAGCUCUUCCGGAGGUCGGUUCCAAGAAUCUCAGUUGGUUGACAUCGCUGAACGUCGCUCAGGGAGUAAGGGUAACAAUGAUGAUGACGACGAUGAUGAUGAAGAUGAGGACAUUGUUUACAUGGGCCAGGAUGGCACCGUGUACAGGAAGUUCCGGUACGGACAGCUGGGAGAUGACAACGAGGAUGAGUUAGAGUACGAUGAUGAGAGCUACACGUUCCGGUGAAGAACAAGAAUUUCUCUAAAGAAACAUUCCUCCUCUGGAUUCCUCCUCUUUCUUUUCAUCUGUGCUGUUUAUCUCCUCCUGCCCUGAGGGACAGACCCAUUUAUCCUUCACUGAAUAGGAGUUAAACCAAAUGAGACACGAGAAGCUAUUUAUAAUAAGCUGCAUUUUACAACUGCUCUUCAUUCACAAAAUGUGCUGCGGCAACAUUCUAUGCUAUUUAGCAUUCUUACGGAUUUUUUUUAACUAAUUAAGCUUGAUUUUUCUGGAAUGUGUUUGCAUAUAUAUA